AUGGCCAACCUGUUCCUCAAGCAGGCAAAGCAAUACGUGGCGACGCGGCCGGUCUACCCGCCGGAGCUCUUCGACUUCCUCACCUCCAAGACACCUCGCCGCGACAUGGCCUGGGACGUCGGCACCGGCAACGGCCAGGCUGCAGCAUCGCUGGCGACGCUGUACAAGGCCGUGGUGGGCACGGACACGAGCGCGCAGCAGCUCGCCUACGCGACGCGCCUCCGCAACGUCCGCUACGUCCACACCCCGCCGGACCUGCCCCUGGAGGGGAUCCACGCCACCGUCGCCCCGCCGGCCUCCGUGGACCUCAUCACCGUCGCGCAGGCCUUCCACUGGCUCGACCUCCCGCGCUUCUACGCGCAGGCCCGCUCCGUGCUGCGCCCCAGCUACGGCGUGCUCGCCGCCUGGUGCUACACCGAGCCACGCAUCGACAGCGCCGUCGACGCCGUGUUCUGGCGCCUGUACCACGGGUCGGAGAACUACUGGGCGCUCAACCGCCGCAUGGUCGACGACGAGUAUCGGAGCGCCGACUUCCCGUUCGACCCGGUCGAGGGGGAGACGCACACAGGCCCGUUCGAGUUCUCCACGCAGCGGCGGAUGGACCUGGAUGAUUACCUCCUGUACAUCACGUCGUGGUCCGCGUACCAGACGGCCAAGGAUAAGGGCGUCGAGCUGCUCGACGAGGCCACCGUGCAGGAGUUCGCGGCAGCAUGGGGCGGCGACGGGAAGGAGGUGAAGACCGUCACGUACCCCAUCUUCCUCAGGAUUGGCAAGGUGAGGUCGGAAGAAUGA